GUCUGGCUCCGCCCCUCCAGCCUCGUCCGGUCCGGCCCGGCCCAAACAGUGGAGUUUCAGAGUAGUUGAGUAGAGGCUGCUGCGCGGCCGGGACCCAGAGGUGCGUGCACAAGCCGGUGGCGGAGCCAUGGCUGGCGAGGAAGACCGCGGGGACGGGGAGCCAGUAUCAGUGGUGACCGUGAGAGUGCAGUACUUGGAAGACACCGACCCCUUUGCAUGUGCCAACUUCCCGGAGCCGCGCCGGGCCCCUACCUGCAGCCUGGACGGGGCGCUGCCGCUAGGUGCUCAGAUACCCGCACUGCACCGCCUGCUGGGUGCCCCGCUCAAGCUAGAGGACUGUGCCCUGCAAGUGUCUCCCUCUGGAUACUACUUGGACCCCGAGCUGUCCCUGGAAGAGCAGCGGGAGAUGCUGGAAGGCUUCUAUGAAGAGAUAAGCAAAGGCCGGAAACCCACACUGAUCCUGCGGACUCAGCUUUCUGUGAGGGUCAGUGCCAUCUUGGAAAAGCUGUAUGGCUCCAGUGGCCCUGAGCUCCGCCGUUCCCUCUUUUCACUGAAGCAGAUAUUCCAGGAGGACAAGGACCUGGUGCCUGAAUUUGUACAUUCAGAGGGCCUGAGUUGCCUGAUCCGUGUGGGUGCUGCUGCCGACCACAAUUACCAGAGCUACAUCCUCCGAGCACUAGGCCAGCUGAUGCUUUUUGUGGAUGGGAUGCUGGGGGUGGUGGCCCACAGUGAGACCGUGCAGUGGCUCCCCACAGGUUCCGCCUCACCAAUAGGCCCCACCUCCUCCACCGGUUCUGCCCUCCUGACAGGCCCCGUUUGCAGCCCUGUGGGCCCUACUUCUGGCCUCAGUACUUCUGUGAACCUCUUUCCUACUAUCUCUGUGGCAUCCUCAGCUGACAGCUCCUGCGAAAGGAGCAUCUACAAAGCCCGGUUCCUGGAAAAUGUGGCAGCAGCAGAAACAGAGAGGCAGGCUGCACUGGCGCAGGGCCGGGCAGAGACACUGGCUGAGGCUAUGUCCGAUGAGGCUGAUGGACACCCAGAUACUCAUGAACUUUGGGGCUCCCCAGAUACAGCCCCUGCACCCAAAACACCCCAGAGUCCUGUUCCCCGAGUCCUGCUCCGUGCCCAACGGAGCCUUGAGCUUGAGCCUAAGGAGCCCCUGACACCACCAAGCCCCAAAGCCGAGCCCAUUCUGGUGCUCCCUUCCCGUGUACCCAGGCUCUGCAUUGGGGACCUAGACUUCUCAGAUCUGGGGGAGGAUGAAGACCAGGACAUGCUGAACAUGGAGCCUGUGGAGGCCGGGCAAGGAAUCCCGCCCCCACCACCCCCAUUGCCCCUGCUUUCUGGAGGUCCCCCACCUCCCCCUCCCCCACCUCUCCCACCCAUUAAAGGCCCCUUCCCACCACCUCCACCCCUGGCUGCCCCUCUUCCACCCUCAGCACCUGAUGGCCCAGUCAUCCCCACCAAGAGAAAGACAGUAAAACUCUUCUGGCGUGAGCUAAAGCUGGCUGGGGGCCGUGGAGGUUCUGGAAGCCACUUUGGGCCAUGCCCCACCCUGUGGGCCUCACUGGAGUCUGUCUCAGUGGACACAGCCCGGCUGGAACACCUGUUUGAGUCUCGUGCCAAGGAUGUGCUGCCCUCCAAGAAAGCUGGUGAGGGCCGCCGGACAAUGACCACAGUGCUGGACCCCAAGCGCAGCAAUGCCAUCAACAUUGGCCUGACAACAUUACCACCUGUCCAUGUCAUUAAGGCUGCCCUGCUCAACUUUGAUGAGUUUGCUGUCAGCAAGGAUGGCAUUGAGAAGCUACUGACCAUGAUGCCUACAGAAGAAGAGCAGCAGAAGAUUGAGGAAGCCCAGCUGGCCAACCCUGACAUACCUCUGGGCCCAGCUGAAAAUUUCCUGAUGACCCUUGCCUCCAUUGGGGGCCUGGCUGCCCGCUUACAGCUCUGGGCCUUCAAGCUGGACUAUGACAGCAUGGAGCGGGAAAUUGCUGAGCCGCUGUUUGACCUCAAAGUGGGCAUGCAACAGCUGGUACAGAAUGCCACCUUCCGUUGCAUCCUGGCUACCCUGUUAGCUGUGGGCAACUUCCUCAAUGGCUCCCAGAGCAGCGGCUUUGAGCUGAGCUACCUGGAGAAGGUGUCAGAAGUAAAGGACACGGUGCGUCGGCAAUCAUUGCUGCACCAUCUCUGCUCCUUGGUGCUCCAGACCCGGCCUGAUUCCUCUGACCUCUACUCAGAAAUCCCUGCCCUGACCCGCUGUGCCAAGGUGGACUUUGAGCAACUGACUGAGAACCUGGGGCAGCUGGAGCGCCGGAGCCGGGCAGCUGAAGAGAGUCUGCGGGGCCUGGCCAAGCAUGAGCUGGCCCCAGCCCUGCGUGCCCGCCUUACUCACUUCCUGGCCCAGUGUGCCCGCCGUGUUGCCAUGCUAAGGGUAGUGCACCGCCGUGUCUGCAAUAGGUUCCAUGCCUUCCUGCUCUACCUGGGCUAUACCCCGCAAGCAGCCCGUGAAGUACGAAUCAUGCAGUUCUGCAACACAUUGCGGGAGUUUGCACUUGAGUAUCGGACUUGCAGGGAACGUGUGCUCCAGCAGCAGCAGAAGCGGGCCACCUACCGUGAGCGCAACAAAACCCGAGGACGCAUGAUCACUGAGACAGAGAAGUUCUCGGGUGUGGCUGGGGAAGCCCCCAGCAACCCAUCUGUCCCAGUGGCCGUAGGCAGUGGGCCAGGCCAGGGUGAUGCUGACAAUCAUGCCAGUAUGAAGAGUCUACUGACCAGCAAGCCUGAGGACACUACACACAGCCGUCGCAGCAGAGGCAUGGCCCAGAGCAGCUCCCCAGUGACACCUACAGCAGGGAGCCCCUCCACAGCAUCACCAGAACCUCAAGGCUCCAGUGACACAUCAGAUGAGAUCAUGGACCUGCUGGUGCAGUCAGUGACCAAGAGCAGUCCUCGUGCUUUAGCUGCUAGGGAACGCAAGCGUUCACGUGGCAAUCGCAAGUCUUUGAGACGGACAUUGAAGAGUGGGCUCGGAGAUGACCUGGUGCAGGCACUGGGACUGAGCAAGGGUCCUGGCCUGGAGGUGUGAAGGUGCUACCUCCCCAAAACCUAUCAAGCAGAAUACUGGCUCUGGAACUCUGUGUCCAGGGGCCAAGCCUUGAGCAGUAUUAUGUGUGUGUGUUUGUGUUUGUGUGUAUGCAUGCACACAUGUGUGAGCUCCCUGAAUUCAUGGAGUAAAAUAAAGUUUUCCUAGCUAAUC